CUGGUGGCCUUUGAUUUCACGCGGCAAUAAGAACCAGUCAAAAUGUAACUAUGCCCUUGUUUACAAAUGGCGCGUUCCUGUGUUUUGGGACUCGUAUAUUCUAUGUGACUAUGAUACAGUCGUCGUUUUAAAAUGGGAUCUGGUUCAAGUCGAUCAAGUCAGGUGCAUUCCUUUCAAGUAGAGCAAGGAAAUAAAGAUGGCGAUGAUGUUCGGCCAAAAACUGGCAGAGAAACCAAACGGGUUUGUUCUGUCUCAGCUCAACACCGUCCAUCUACCCAGUUAAAGAGGAGUCAAUCAUUGAGCAGUACAACCUCAUCCCCUCGAGUGGCACCAUCUCUUUUCAAACAGAAAUCAAUGGUAGAGGAGACCAACACUGAUGUUAAAACUCAUGUCCAUGAUAAUGAAAACAAGGUUGAUGAAGCACAGGCCAAGGUGAAAAGUUUACAGAAACAGCUAACAGAGACAGAAAGCCAGAACCUGGACCUCCAGGAGAGGGUAGAGGUCUUGGAGGAACGCCUCGAGUACCUCAACUCAUGUUACCAGAUACAGGAACAGCCCGAGGACUACCAGCAAACUCUGAAUGCCAAGGACCAGUUUAUAGAGAAACUGGAGAAAGAACAAAAACAACAGACACAGGAAUUUAAUAAAACUAAAAUUCGGUAUAAGAAGAGAAUAAAGGCCUUGACUACACAGCUUAAUGAAGCCAAGCAGGAGACCUCAAUACAGUUAUUUGAACUGAAAGAUGAAAUCACAAGGCUGUCAGAAAAGAACAGAGAACUGGAAGACUCACUAGCAAGAGCUGGACCACAAGGGAAUGUAAGCACACCUGACAUAGGCAAAAUGCAAAUUGUCUUGGAACUGUCCAAUCAAAUCUCAGAGCAGACAGAUCAGAUCACGAAACUAAAUAAAGAACUGAAGGAGAAAGAGUCAAUAAUCAAGCGUCUCGGGGGAACCAAAAAGUUGGAGGAGGAGUACAGCAAAGAUAAGGAGGAUAUGAAGAACCUGAGGAAGUUAUCACAAGGACUGAAUCAUUACAGGAACAGUGAAAGUGAGGCUCUCAGAGACUCAGACGAGGAGACACGAGGAGUCUCCGGUGCAAGCCGAGACUCAGGACUGGGUUCUGCUGGAAAAACUGAGGACAGACAGACAGGCAAGAGAGGGGCCACCAUAUUAACUGAUUCAGACUGGGAGUCUGAUGAUCUUCCAGAGGAACUUGGCCCCCACACGAUAAAAAGUGCACCCCCCGAGACUCAGGCCCUUAGGGCAGCUUCCAGACUGGCCUCUAGGGAGAGCAAUGACUCACGGCUCCCUUUCCGUCUGACACCAGGUGAAAAUGAUUCUCGUCUUUCAUCACGUUUAGCCUCCAGAGAAAGCAUUAACUCCAGAUUGCCGUCCAGACUUGCUUCAAGAGAGAGUCAAUUAAGUAGUAAGACUUUAGUGGAAACCGAUGAGGAUCAUAUUUCUAUUGAUGACAUGACAGCUUAUAAAGGGUCACACAGAAUGAGGAAGAAAUCCUCAUUUACUUCUAGAAUUAGACGGGAGAAUGAGACAUCGUUAAGAACACCUAUCCCUAGUGUAGCGUUUGAAGAGGAAGCUAAGGAUAUUAAUGAGAUUCCAAUGUACCCUAGUACCACCAGUAAAAGGUAUCCAAAGAAAAAGAAAAGUUCCUUUUUCUUGACCCAGACAGGAAAUUCCCCGGCAGGAAGUGACAUCAGUGAGCAGAUAUCUGUAGGAUGAGUGAUUGAUAUUUUCUACAACAAAAAUGAAAGUCAGUGUGUGAGUUCUAAGUUGUAUCAAACACUGAGCUGUUAAUGAUUCUUGACGUUGUAAGAAAGUGUGUUUCUAAGCUCAUCAGGACCAUUGUUAUUUGUGUAGUCACAUGAUGACAAAAUGAAUUCUAGUCCAGUUUCCAAUUAAAAUGGACACAAAUAUGCAAUACAGAUCUUCUAUCUAUACAUUUACUAGGUCUUCUGUGUAUUAGUAGUACAGAGUGAUCAAUUGUGUAGAAAUGUAUAAUAUUUCUGUAAUAAUACAACCUUUCUAGAAGAGAACAUUCAAUGAUAAAGAAAGAUUUUGAUCUCAUGAUGUAUAAUUACAGUAUUAUCAAGUAUUACAAAACACCUUCCUGCUGUCACAGUGCUGUGGAAGAGGCCCUGUACAGUACAUACUAUGUACUUUCAUCUUUAUCUGCUAAAAUGUUCCCUUCAUAUCCCCCAAAAAUCUCCUUGAAAGCCAGACCCCGUUUACAGUUAAGAUUCAUGUAGAUAGAAAAUUCCUUUCCACUCCUUUCAUCAAGGUGCUAAUUUUAAGUGCAUUUUUUUAUGUUUUGAAUGGCCACAGUGGUACACAAAAUGUAAGGGUUGGUUUCCAAGUUUGAAAGCAUUCACAGUGUGCACAGGUGUGUUAUAAAUUGAAUUUGAGAAAAUAUCCUUGUUUUUGUUUAAGGAAUGUCUCUGUUUAAUAAAUUUUCAGUUGUUUGAUUGAAAACUUUAAUAUUC